GAUGUCUAUUUGUUAAGUGGGAAAGUGUGGGCGACACGAGGAUCAGCAACUUAUUUGAAUAUGGCGUCAUCAUCACGUUCGUGGGAUGUUCAGAAUAUAUAUAUAUAGCGCAUGUAUGGAUCGACAAAUCAGACACAAGCUAAUUCAGUAUCAUAAGAUAGAUGUUGGAUAAAAUUAUUCGACCAUCAUUCAGAAUGAAGGUGUUUAUGCUGUUAUCUGCGUUGUCCGUUGUAUCAGCUUUAGAAAGCAGUAAGGAAUGCGACGGAAGCACCGGUGUCGAGUGGAAAGAAGACCCGACAUAUUGUUCCGUGUUCUAUCUAUGUUACAAUGGACAGAUAACUAAAUACUCGUGUCCCAGAAACAUGGUGACAGACCCCAACAGCAAAGCGUGUGUGCCGAAAGGAUCCAAACUGGACAAAUGCUCUAUCAAAGAUAGUGUUCCACAGUGUUAUGCUUCCCUGAAGGAGUCUUGUGCCAAAUACAUACACUGUCCCGUCCCGAGGGAUCUUGGAACGUCCGUUAUACCGGAAGUACAAGAGUGUCCCUACCCACUUCUGUACGACGAGGACAGUAAGCUGUGUUCCUACCCAGACUCUGUCAAAUGUGGAGACAGGACCGAACCCAAGGAUCCAUGUGAUUAUACGGCUAACCAGUGCCAAGGUCCUAAUUGUGUGCCGUGUAGCGCCCGUCAUCCCAGCUGUUCCGGACGACCGGACGGACUGAAUGUGUGGCCCGGAAGGGAACAGACUCCUUAUUUUGUUGCCUGUCGAGGAGAGCGCGUGAUCUACCAGGGUCUGUGUCCACAGGGAAAUAAGGAGCGGAUUUUCGACCCUGAAGCAGCAGGAUGUGUGGAUAUAUAGAACCAUUGUAAUAAAAUGUAUAUCGAUGUAUUCCAGUGAGGCUCUACAACACUGACUAUCUCCACUAUGAUAUUUAUUCUUCUGAGAUUACAUAUGAUAUUUCUUAUCAAAACAUUUUGUAAUAAAAGUUUUCGAUU